AUGGCGAGCAACAAGACAGAGCUUGAAGGGAAGGUGGUGUUGGUGCUGGGCGGGGCCGGCGUGGUGGGCAGCGGCGCGGUGUACCAGCUGCUUCGCGGGGGUGCCACGGUGGUGGUGCCCUCCCGCUCCCAGGCCCGACUCGACACCCUGCAGGCCUGGCUCACCCACCACUUGCCCGGCGGGAAGCAGCAGCGGGGCAAGCUGGUGUGCAUUCACGACGAUGCGGGCACCAAGGAGGGCCUCGUGCGCGUACUGGAGCGGGUCAAGGGCAUCGACGAAGCUGACGGGGUGGACCACGUCUUGGCCUCGCUGGGGUCGUGGUCCAACGCAGGACCCCUGGUGGAGCGUUCCGUGGAGGAGUUCCGAAGGGAGAUGCGCGACUCAGUGGAGACCCACUUCGUCGCACUCUCCACCCUCCUCCCCAUCCUCGGCGACAAAGCCGGCUCCUCCUACACCAUCAUCACCGAUGUGCUGGGAGAGGCCUUGAUGGUGCCGGGAACGGGACUGGUGACGGUGGGCUCCUCUGCAGUGUUCGGGCUGAGCACCGUGGCGCGGGCCGAGCACCAGGACCGCGCGGUGCGUGUCAACGAGCUGCGGAUCGGGGUCUACGUCAAGAAGCAGGAGGACCUGGGGUCGGCUCCCACGCUGCCCGGCAUCAUCGAGGCCUCGCACCUUCAGAUCGGCGUCGUGGCCGCGGGCAUCAUGACCUGCCCCGACUUGAGCGGCCAAAUCGUGCGCAUCGACUCAUACAACUUCCACCAACAGCUGGCCCGCUUCCAAGACCACAAUCAAGUGUAA